AUGAAGUUGACACUCUUCCUCACGGUCACGCUCUUCACUGGUGUCUUGGCUGCUCCCCUGUCCAAGACAGUCAUCGUUAGAGAUGAGACACUUGAGGCUCGUCGUCUACCAGACUUUGCUACACCUCGCAUAGGCGUCACUGUAGCCCCGGCAAAGAAAGGAUCUUCUUCUCGCGUCAAGCGCUCAAUCAGCCGUAAGGGCGUGAGCUUGAUGAGCUUGGUUGAUCGUGUCGCUGGGAAAAUCAAGAAGAGGUGUGAUGACAUUGAAUCUGUUUUGGAAGUUACCAAGGAUGAGAGGUUGUCGACAGACAAGGCUGUGCACAAAGUCGUUCGCAAGAUGAACAGCAUUAGAGCAACACUCUCCCGAACAGUCUCCAUCAUGGACAGGACUCCAACUCUUGAUCUCGCUCAAGACGAUAGUCAAGCGCUCCUCAGAAAUGUCUACAUCAUCACAGAGGAGCUGCACAACACAGUCAAAGACUCUAUCGACACACUAGGAGGAACAGGAGCUCGCGCCAUGUCUCGAGCAACCCACAUGCUCACCGAUGUUCUCAGCAACAUCGUCACCAUCAGCCCAGACAUCGCCCCAGACAUGUAUCGCAAGCUGAGCUCCAUCUUCUCAGACGUGGACCUCACAAAUGAAGAGGACCUCAAAGUCUUUAUCAUGAGCUCGGUGACAGAGUUCCUGUCAUCCAUCAAGCCCGAUGAUCUAGACUCUUGCAGCUCUGGAGAUUGUUUCGACAGUCCAAACGAAGAGUUGAAAUGA